AUGGGUGGUUUUGCUCGCGCCCCCGAAGACCGACCAACCCCUCCAGAAGUUUACAACUGGAGGGUCUACAUGGCCGCACUUGUAAUUUCAAUGGGUGUUCUGGCCUAUGGUUAUGACUCCGCCUUCAUUGGCACUACCAUCGCCCAGGAAUCUUUCAAACGAGACUUUGGCAUCAACGCAUCGAACAAAAACGAGAUAACCAGCAAUAUCACGUCCAUCUAUUCAGCUGGAGGCCUGGUAGGAGCACUGUUGAUGUACCCAUUCCUCGAGCUCCUCGGUCGUCGCGCUACGGUCAUCGUCUCAGACGCCAUCUUCAUCGUCGGCGCAAUCAUGUGUACUGUCCCCAACGGCCAGUUGAGCCUUGUUCUCGCUGGACGCUUCUUCACUGGCAUGGGCGUAGGAGGCAUCGCCGCCGUAUCUCCCAUCUACAUCGCCGAAAUUUCACCUCCCGCUAUCCGUGGCCGCCUUACCGGCUUCUUUGAGUCCUUCUACCAGACUGGUGCCGUCAUCGGAUUCUGGAUCAAUUAUGGCAUUGUACACAACAUGGACAGCUCGAAGUCAAUUGCUUGGAGAGUGCCUAUGGCUGUUCAGCUGAUCCCAGCUGGGCUCCUAGCUCUUAUGAUACCAGUCCUCAAGGAGUCUCCGACUUGGCUGCUGAAACGUGGUCGUGAAGCCGAGGCCCUGAAGUCAUACAGCUUUUUCCGCAACCUGCCAGAGGACCACCCUUACAUUGCUCAAGAUGUUCAGUACGUGCGAAACGAGAUUGCAAAAGAACGUGCCGCACUUCUCCAUGGUCAGAAGCAUGCUAGCUUUCUUACGACGAUCAAAGCGGCAGCACGCGAGGGAUCUAUGCCAGGCAUGCGAAACAGGUUUCUCUUGGUAUGCCUCAUGUUCAUGUGGCAAGCUUGGAGCGGAGCAGCGGCGAUCAACUACUAUUCGCCGACCAUCUUUACGUCUAUCGGACUGUCUGAUGUCACGCUCUGGACAGGUAUCUAUGGGAUUAUCAAGGCUGGAGGCUCCAUUAUCUUCUUCACCUGGUUCAUCGACAUGUUUGGACGCAAAUGGCCUUGGAUCAUUUCUUCGCUCAUAUGUGCUUUCUGCCAGUACUAUCUCGCCGUGUACAUUGCACUUGGAAAGCCGACCGUGGGUGAGCCCAUGUCCGAAUCGACAGUAGCUGGUGGCAAGGCCGCAACAGCCAUGAUCAUGAUCUUCGGUGCGGCCUGGUCAUUUGGUGCAAACGGUCUCCCUUGGAUCAUUUCUUCCGAAAUCUUCCCUGCGUCUAUGCGAUCCAUAUCCGGACCAUGGGCAGCAGCGUCGGUCUGGAUAUGGACUUUGAUCGCGACCAAAUCGCUGCCUUCUAUGUACACCUCCAUGGAGUGGGGUGUAUACGUUUUCUUCGCAACCUGUCUUAUCUGCGCUAGCGUUUACGCCUUCUUCUUCAUCCACGAUACGAAAGGAUUGCGAAUGGAUCAGAUGGACGAGUUAUUCGGUUUUGAGAAGCGCGAAGAGUUUAUUGUACAGGCAGAUGGGAAGGAUGCUGACUAUGAGAGCGAGCACCACGAGAAAGCACCCGCGCAACGGACCGAAGCCGUAUAG